AUGCACGCCGUCGCCUCGCUCCUCCCGCUUCGCGCGCCGUCGCCGCCGAAGACGUCCGCUCGUAUCGGACCGAAACGCGGCGUCGCGACGCGCGUCGUCGCCGUCCCCGCGCGGCUCCUCCCGCGCGCCCCCCGCGGCGGCGCGAUCAAGACCUCCUCCUCCUCCUCCUCCUCCUCCUCCUCCUCCUCCGGCGAUGCCCUGCGCUCGAAGGUGGACGAGGCCGUGCAGAGCUGGGAGGACGCGUCCGAGGCCGCGUCCGAGGCGGUGCAAAAGUCCGGCGAGAAGGUCCUCUCGAAGGUGGAGUCCGCGCAGAGCGCCGUCAAGCGCGCCGGGCUCGCGGUCCUCGUCGCCGGCGCGCUGAUCGCCGCCGCGGGAGCGCUCUGGGACCCGAUACGCUACGCGAACUACUUCGUGUCCCCGCAAGACAUCGCACUGCUGAGCGACGUCGCGAAACUCGGCGUCGCGACGUUGGUGCGGUUCGUCGGCGCCGCCAACGUCGUCGUCGCGACGGCCACGGCGUCGAUCAUCCCGGACGGCGCGCCGCAGAAGAUGCGCAGGGUCGUUGAGAGCUCGAUGCUUCUCUACGGCCUCGCGCUCGUCGCGACCGCGGUGAUCGCGCAGCGCGGCGGGCUGUGGACGGAGGCGGGGAAGUGGCUGGCGCAGUCGUACGGCGGAUUCAUCGUAUUUCUGUUCGCGUUCUGCCUUCUCUCGGAGUGA